AUGAUUAGCGAUUUCGAGGCAGGGAUGAAAUGCCUGCAAAACCCUGGAUUGAACAAACUCCCCCAAAUCUACAGUUUUUGGAAAUGUGGCGCUUUAUUUUUCGCAAUCUACGCCACUUUCAGCAGCUUAAUCAGACGGAUUAAGCUGAUUCUGAUCCGAUUUCAUACAGUAAAGCCCUCUUCGCAUCGACCUGAAGAUGUUGUCGAGUUCACCGGCGACGAUGAGGUCUCCUCGGACGACGACGAGGACGAGGAGGAGCACGAAAAAGCGGAGGAUCGCCGAGCGACGGCGAAUUCGGGAGGUCAACGCCGCGGCGCAGACGAGGAUUUCUGCGUGAAGGGCGUUUUCGGAGGGCGGUGGUGCGACGGCAAUCUGCGGAAGCGGCGGGACGGGGGUGGCGCGUGGUCGGAGUUCGCUCCCGGCAAGAGCGUUGUCAGGCUCUGGGACAGCUUGGGUUUCAAUCUGGACUUCGACGAGGAUCUGUUCGGCUGCGGCGCGCAGAGCGUGGUCUCCACGUGGGACGCGCCGGCGCGUGCGGUGGUCCUGACGGCGGAGAGCGACCGGAAGGGGGACGGCGUGGUUUUGGGAGGCUACGACGCGAGGAUGCCGCGCCGCGUCCCGGCUCUGUACGCCGAGUGGGGGUUCCCGGCGAAGAAGGUGGCCGGCGUCUCCGCCGGCGGUGUUGGGAAGGUGUACGUCAGGGAUGACGUCGGAGGGGUGCUGGCGGUUGGCGACGUGAGGAAUGUUAGGCGGCCGUUAGAGUCUGACGGCGAAACCUGGUGGGACGCUGACGCCGUUAUCGCGGAUGAUAAAUGA